CAGUCCUACAAACCAAAAAAUUAAGGUACUUGUUACUAUAAAAGUCGCGCCUCUUUUGCUCCUCUCCGACCAACGCCUCAUAGUCCCAGAACGGAACAAAACAACAUGGGCAAAAGCAACUUGAAAAAUGCUGUUGUAGCAUUUCUUGUUCCUCUCCCUUCAAUUCUCUUCUAUCUUCAUUUCCUUAGCCAUUUCCAGAGCGAUAGAAAUUCUCUUUCUCCACUCUGGUCAUGGUGCUUUCACCACCCUCUCCUUUUAGCCAAUGCCCUCUUUUUCUUCAAUGUCAAUGUCCUCUUCUGGCUCAUCAGUCACAUUCAAUCCAGCCACUGGAUGAUUGAUUUGUAUUGGACAGUGAUACCGGUGUUGCUGCUUCAUCACUAUGCAACACACCCUUUGGCGCAAUUUGAGUGGUGGAGAUCAAAGAUUGUGAUAGUGUUGACCUGGGUUUGGAGUAUUAGGCUGAACCAUAACUAUUUCAGGCGUGAAAAAUGGCAGUGGGGUGCCAAAGAAGACUGGAGGUUUACUGAUAUGCGUCAACAGUAUGGCAAGCAUUGGUGGUGGAUUUCCUUCUUCGCUGUCUACUUUUCUCAACAGGUUUUUUUGAUUGGAAUAUGUCUUCCACUGUAUGUUGUGCACUCGGUUGAUAUGCCCUUGAAUAUCUGGGAUUUUGUUGCUGCUGGAGUUUGUUUGUGUGGCAUUGUCAUAGCGUACUUUGCAGAUACCCAACUGCAUAAUUUUGUGACUAGAAAUAGCAAGCUGAAAGAGCUUGGAAAGCCUAUGGUCCCUAAUCUCGACCGGGGCUUGUGGCAGUACUCGCGUCAUCCAAACUAUUUUGGGGAGCAAUUGUGGUGGUGGGGGCUGGUUAUUUUUGCAUGGAACCUGGGACAUGGAUGGACCUUUGUCGGGUCUUUGAUCAAUAGUAUGUGCUUGACUUAUGUUACUGUGCUUGUGGAGCAGCGGAUGUUGAAGAAAGAGUACAGAGCUGAAGCAUACAGACUAUAUCAGAAGACAACCUCAGCGUGUGUACCUUGGUUCAGAUCUUCUGCUAUAGCAGUGAAAAAUAAGGAUACUUGAUCUGAUAUUUGCUUCACUGCCAACUCUGAAAGUUUCAUUUUAUGUGGGUCAAAGCUAUACUUUGAUUUCCUGUCUUGCUGUAGCACUGCUGAUGUAAUCUGUUGUCCAUUUGAGAGAAAAAAAUGGUUGUUCUCUGUGGUAGACUGGUAGUCAAAGGGAUCACUUUGUGAAAUCAUGUAAAUUCUUUCUUCAUUUGCUAUAAAACUCUUUUUAUUGUCUGAUUUUCA